AUGAAGAACAGACAGAAGUCGAGAACUGGUUGUCGAACUUGUAAAGUCAGGCGGCUGCGAUGUGAUGAAGCCAAACCCGCCUGUGAGAACUGUCUCAAGAAGGGCUUCCAGUGCCCCGGUUAUCAGCAGCGUCUCCAAUGGUCGACCAAGCAUGAAAGGCCGACGGUGGUUAACACGACAGGGCCUGACAACUUUGCCCAGCUCGUCACCGCUGCUUCGGCCUCUAUCGUCAAGACCACCUCCCCUGCCGGCAACCCAUCUGGGUCUGACGCCAACGUCCCGGCCGCAACCUCGACGACUCCCAGCCCGGCUGCGGCUGUAAGCCGGGAAUCUUCCUCGGCACCGCGGUCGGCUACACUAUCCGCCUCGCCGCCACCGUCUUCAUUUACCCUCUCGCCACCACCCCAGUCAGAGGCUCCCGUCGAGGAUGGUACUGGCGGUGAUGGCGGCACUCUUGUUCCCGUGGCCCGGAAGAGUGGCGGCUUGACUCCGACGAAUCGGCAACAGGAACCCAUGAUGUUUCAGCAAGUGGUGGAUAUUCCUACGUUCCUAAUAGAACACUGGUUCAAGUCUGUCUGUUGUUCCUGGUCGGCUUUUGACUCUCAGACAAACCCCUACCGCCGACUAACCUCGACACUGUGGAACACAUCGACACCCGUGUUCUAUGCCCUCCAAGCCAUAUCGGCAGCCUCGCUUGUCGAGCGCCUUCCUCAUGUCAUCAAAGACACGGCCCGUGCCGCCCCGCGAAAGGCUGCCGAGGCCAUCCACCAAGAGCUCGUCGCCUUCUCAACAAGCUAUCGUCCGCGUUUCCCGGUUGAGCUCCUGUUAUCCUUGUUCUGUAUGAGCUCGUCCAUGUGCUGGAUGGAGUCGCGACAACUUGGCCAGCAAUACGUACGACAGGCCCACAAGGUGCUGAAGAUCCUCGACCGCCAGACGCUCGAUUCCGAAUCGCAGGAACUCCUCGACUUCUUUAAGGGAUGUUUGCUGUACGAAGAGGCGCUGAGGAGUGUGGUGUCGGAGGAGGAAAUAGACUUCGCCAACAUGCUCAGCUGGGCAGAGCCGACAGAUCAAGGACCGCUGGUGGCCGCAACACCGCACGCAUGGACAGGUGUUUCUGCUGACGUCUUUCGACUUUUCGGCAAGGCUGUUGCCCUUUGCCGGCGGUCCCGCACACGAUGGCGGCAUAACGAUGGGACGAGCUAUCGCAUCCUGCAAGGUGCCAUGAGGGACAUCCAGGAGGCUACCGUAAUCGAAGAGUCAUUGCUGUCCAUUAAUAUCACGCCUGUCGAGACCAGCCUCACGCCUGAUACGGCUUCGAUGAUAUCGACUGAUCUGUACAAUGCUACACAAGCCUAUCGGCUCUCAUCACUCCUCCAGCUGUACGAGACUUUCCCCGAUCUCGUCGCAAAGCGAAUGCCCGAUUUGGCGGACCAAGAUGGAACAAUUCUCUGGAAUGCAUGGGUAUCUCCCUUGGCCCUUCACGUCACGGAUGUUCUCAGGGCUCUGCCAGUUGGAAGCAUGCGAUGUAUCCAACCGCUGCUCUGUCUCUGCGCGGGGAGCGGUCUGCGGUUCGACAGGAAGGUCCCCCUCGGUCGCGGCCAUCAGAGCUUCCUGCUCAGCACCGAGUCGACGGCUGCGGCGGCGAUCCCCACGCCCACAUCGGGUAUUAUCACUGACACGGACUCUUCCCUCGCCGCCACGCCCGGGAUGUCCGAGAAUGCCAUCAAGACGUCACAGGCCCGGUCGUUCAUCAUGGCCCGGUUGGAUCAACUGGAGAACAGCCUGCCACCGAAGCCGAUUGGUGUGGCCAAGCAGCUGCUGCGUGCUGUCUGGACCGCGUAUGACGAAGAGAUUGGGCUGGCACGUCGGACGCACUGGCUGGAUGUGAUGAGCCAGACAGGCCUCCACAGUCUAUUCGGAUGA